AUGGCACCCCCAACCAACCGCAACGAAAUCCUCGCCCGUCUCCGCCAAAACAUCGAAUCCGGAACCCCCAUCAUCGGCGCCGGAGCAGGAAUCGGCCUAACAGCAAAAUCCAUCGAAAAAGCCAGCGGCGAUCUAAUAGUAAUCUACAACAGCGGCCGCUUCCGGAUGGCCGGCCGGGGCAGCCUAGCGGGGCUAAUGCCCUACAGCAACGCCAACGACGUCGUGCUCUCAAUGGCGAACGAAGUCCUCCCGAUAAUAUCUUCCACGCCCGUGCUAGCCGGCGUCUGCGCAACAGACCCGUUCCGACAAAUGCCCCAAUUCCUCUCUCAACUGCAAGACCUCGGAUUCGCCGGCGUGCAAAACUUCCCCACCGUCGGUCUGAUCGACGGCCAAUUCCGGGCUAAUCUAGAAGAAACCGGAAUGGGCUUUUCGGCUGAGGUUGAGAUGAUUCGCACGGCGGCGAGUAUGGGAUUGUUGACUACGCCGUAUGUGUUUAAUGAGGAGGAGGCGGUUGCUAUGGUUGAGGCUGGUGCGGAUGUGAUCGUUGCGCAUAUGGGACUCACGACGUCUGGGGAGAUUGGGGCGAAGACGGGGAAGACGCUUGAGGAGUGUGUUAGCAUUGUGCAGGGGAUUAGGGAUCGGGCGACGGCGGUUAGGGGGGAUGUGGUUGUUCUUUGUCAUGGGGGCCCGAUUGCGAGGCCGGAGGAUGCGGGGUUUUUGUUUGAGAGGGUUAGGGGGUUGCAUGGUUUUUUUGGGGCGAGUUCGAUGGAGAGGUUGCCGGUUGAGAGGGCUAUUGGGGAUGUUACGAGGGAGUUUAAGGGGUUGAGGAUUUUGAAGUAG